AUGGAGAUAAGGAACGUGAUGGAAUUCGAGAAGAUGGCAAAGGAAAAGUUACCAAAGAUGGUUUAUGAUUACUAUGCAUGUGGGGCAGAGGAUCACUGGACUCUUCAGGAGAAUCGUAACGCCUUCUCCAGGAUUAUGUUUAGGCCUCGGAUUCUGAUCGAUGUAAGCGAAGUUGAUGUGAGCACAAGGGUUUUAGGGUUUAACAUCUCUAUGCCAAUCAUGGUUGCUCCUACCGCAAUGCAGAAAAUGGCUCACCCUGAUGGUAAGUCCUUUUUUGAGUUGCGUAAUGAGAGUAGUUGCUUGAGAUGCCUUAUUUUAUCUACAUGUGCUACUUGUAGUGUUGAGGAAGUUGCUUCAACAAGACCUGGUAUUCGUUUCUUCCAACUCUAUUUCUUUAAGGACAGAGAGGUGGUAAGACAGCUUGUGAAACGAGCUGAAGAAGCUGAAUUUAAAGCGAUUGUUCUUACGGUUGAUACCCCUAGGUUUGGACGCAGAGAAGCCGACAUCAAAAACAGAUUCACACUUCCUUUAGGUAUGACUUUAAAGAACUUCAAAGGGUUAGAUCUUGGGAAAAUAGACAAGAAGGAUGACUCAGAGUUAGCUUAUUAUGUUGCGGGUCAAGUUGAUCAAUCACUUAGCUGGACGGAUAUAAAGUGGCUCCAGUCUAUCACAAGCUUGCCAAUUCUCCUCAAGGGUAUUCUUACAGCUGAGGAUGCCAGGAACGCAGUUGAAAAUGGAGCUGCAGGAAUUAUAGUGUCUAACCAUGGAGCUCGUCAGCUGGGUUAUGUCCCUUCAACUAUAAUGGCUCUUGAAGAGGUGGUUAAAGCCGUGGAGGGUCGGAUUCCGGUUUUUCUUGACGGUGGGGUUCGCCGUGGAACAGAUGUCUUUAAAGCAUUGGCUCUUGGCGCUUCAGGUGUCUUUGUUGGGAGGCCAAGCUUGUUCUCGCUUGCAGCGGAGGGAGAGGCGGGAGUGAGGAAAAUGCUGCAAAUGCUAAGUGAUGAGUUCGAGCUGACAAUGGCACUAAGUGAAAAGAUGGAGAUAACAAACGUGAUGGAAUACGAGAAGAUCGCAAAGGAGAAAUUACCAAAGAUGGUUUAUGAUUACUAUGCAUCUGGUGCAGAUGAUGAAUGGACUCUUCAGGAGAACCGAAACGCCUUCUCCAGGAUUCUAUUUAGGCCUCGGAUUCUGAUCGAUGUAAGCGAGAUUGAUGUGAGCACAAGGGUUUUAGGGUUUAACAUAUCUAUGCCAAUCAUGAUUGCCCCUACUGCAAUGCAGAAAAUGGCUCACCCUGAUGGAGAGCUUGCAACUGCGAGAGCUACUUCUGCUGCUGGAACAAUCAUGACUUUAUCUUCAUGGGCUACUUGUAGUAUUGAGGAAGUUGCUUCCACAGGACCAGGGAUUCGCUUCUUCCAACUCGCUGUAUAUAAGGACAGAGAUGUGGUUAGAUGGCUUGUGAAACGAGCUGAAGAAGCUGGAUUCAAAGCGAUUGCUCUUACUGUAGACACCCCUAGGCUUGGACGCAGAGAAUCAAACAUCAAAAACAGAUUCUCAAUUCCUAGAGGUAUAACGUUAAAGAACUUUGAAGGGCUGGAUCUUGCGAAAAUAUACAAGACCAACAACUCAGGGGCAGGUUCAUAUAUUUCAGGCCAGGCUGAUCAAUCAUUUAGCUGGAAGGAUAUAAAGUGGCUCCAAUCUAUUACAAGUUUACCAGUUCUUCUCAAGGGUGUUCUUACAGCUGAGGAUGCAAGAUCAGCUUUGGAAUAUGGAUCUGCAGGGAUUAUAGUAUCUAACCAUGGAGCUCGUCAGCUAGAUUAUGUCCCUGCAACUAUAAUGGCUCUUGAAGAGGUGGUUAAAGCAGUGGAAGGUCGGCUUCCUGUUUUUCUCGACGGUGGGGUCCGCCGUGGGACAGAUGUCUUUAAAGCAUUGGCUCUUGGCGCUGCAGGUGUCUUUGUAGGCAGGCCGAGCUUAUUCUCGCUUGCAGUGGACGGAGAAACGGGUGUUAAUUAGUAAGAUGCUACAAAUGCUAAGAGACGAGUUUGAGCUUACUAUGGCUUUAAGUGGGUGCCGUUAUUUGAGAGAGAUCAGUCGAAACCACAUCAAGACUGAUUGGGAGAUUCCUAUGCAUUACCUCCCGGCCAAGCUAUAGGAGAUCUUUCUUUUAAACAGUCAUCAAAGUGAACGAAAAGAGACGGUGCAACUUUGUAAUAGAUUUCAUUGAGUAAAAAAUUGGAUAGGAAAAGAUACCAAUGCCCUAAGGAAUAUAGGAAAUUAAAAGAUCAAAGACAAACGAAGUUACUUUUGUCAAAAAAUAAAGGA